UUAGAAGGUUUUCGGGGAAAGGGAAGUUGGUUCUUUAUUCUAUGGCAAGGGCAUCAAGGGAUUCAUUGGUGAUUCCCAGUGAUUCCGCCUAUAGCAGUCACGUCAGCCGAGUAUGGACGCUCGAAGAUUCCAAAAGACGCAACGCCGUUAUUCAAUUGCUGCGCCCUGCGACCCUCCUCUGCAACGCUGGAGCAUGUCAACCGUUUUCGUAAGGUGCCAGCCCCAGAGGAGAGAGUCUCAGCUGUUGAUCAAAAACCUGGAACUACUGCACAUAGAUCCCCUACAUGGUGUCAGAUUUGAAGAGGAAGACUUCCGAGGCAAGAACGCUUCCACCACCGUUCGACACGUGCUUCAUGGUCUCUACUGUGCCUAUGACAAGAAGGCAGCUCAAAAAAAGUUGAAGAAUGUCUGGCCAGUCAAGCCUGGGGAGCCUGACAAAGAAUUCCGUGCAGUGAUUGUUACCUGGAUCUCAACGCUGCAAGAGAACCACGCUGCUGCCCGCUUCCUUCAAGGAUUCAGUGCAGCUCUUCUUCUGCGCCCAGGAACACCACAGUGCUCAAAGUUCCUGACUGGGCUGUCCACCUUUGUGCUUCAAGACAGGCUAAAGGAUAAGCUAGACCUGGCCAUUGACUUUAGUCAUGAAACUCUGAAUCUAAAUGUUAUCAAGUUUGUUACACAGGAGAAUAAGUCCACUUUUAUCAAUUUGCAAAAGCAAUACAAUGCAAUUGAAGCAAACUAUGCGGAUGAGGAAAGGCACUUGAAAGAAUUGCUGUCAGACUUAAAUAUGUCACUGCGAUCUUUGAGAGCUGAGGUGAAGAAGUACGUGCCUGAUGAAUCCUUUGAAAAGCUGACUAUGAUCCAUAAGGAACUACGUGAUCAGAAUGGACUUAUUUCUACAAGAGUGGAGCAAAUUGAAGACUACUGUGCGCUCCUGAAUGGGCUCAUCACAAUUGAUCUGGUUGGAGGACUUGAAAAGUGCGACGCAAUCAGCAGACAGUUUCUUGAAGGAUUCGACAGUAAAGCCUGCGAGGAACAGCAUCUCAGUGUAGCAGUGGCAAACGUGCAUCUGGAUUCCAUAAAAAAGACUGUGGAACGACUGCAAGCGCAGAGGGAGACCUUGGAGCGAAUGAAAGCAGACAUUAAGCAACGCCUGUGUGAGACCACCAAGAGCUUGCCCGCAGAAGUGGUUGGAAAGGGUUUGAAGAUAACCGGUUUCACGAAGCCGCGAGUCAACGAGGAAGACUUCGACAAACUUUGAGCUACUGACAGAAACUGCAGCAGCACGCAUUACUAAUCACAUCUUUUGUUAUUCUUACGAGUGGAGUAUUUUUCUAUGCCAAAUGUCUAAGAAGUCCUGCACACUCAAGUGUUCGUGGCCGACGCAAAGAAAAUAACAAUACAGAAACUUGCUUUUC